CCCAUUUGAAAAGAUAGCGAGGAGGAGGAGGAGGAGGAGAGGCAGCAGGAAACCCAGCCCACCCUUUGGCUUCCUCCUGCCUCCUUCUAAAACCUGCAGACUCCUCCAGCCUGUCCAAGCGCCUGAAGUUCCCUCAGCCCUGCUGCCGGACUGCGAGGGUCUGCUGAAAGAUGAGGGCCUGGAUCUUUUUCCUUCUCUGCCUGGCAGGCAAAGCCCUGGCAGCUCCGCAGGAGGCUCUGCCCGAUGAGACAGAGGUCAUCGAAGAUCCCACCACAGAGGAGCCCGUGGGGGCUAACCCUGUCCAGGUGGAGGUGGGAGAGUUCGAGGAACCCACUGAGGAUGUAGAGGAGAUUGUUGCAGAGAAUCCCUGCCAGAACCACCACUGCAAGCAUGGCAAGGUGUGCGAGGUGGAUGACAACAACUCUCCCAUGUGUGUGUGCCAGGACCCCUCCAGCUGCCCAGCCACUGCCGGCGUCUUCGAGAAGGUCUGCGGCACUGACAACAAGACCUACGACUCCUCCUGCCAUUUCUUUGCCACCAAGUGCACCUUGGAGGGAACAAAGAAGGGACACAAACUGCACCUGGACUACAUUGGGCCUUGCAAAUUCAUCCCUGCCUGCCUGGACACAGAGCUGACAGAGUUCCCCCUCCGCAUGCGGGACUGGCUCAAGAACGUGCUGAUCACCCUGUACGAGCGCGAUGAGGACAACAACCUGCUGACCGAGAAGCAGAAGCUCAAGGUGAAGAAGAUCCAUGAGAACGAGAAGCGCCUGGAGGCUGGUGACCACACCGUGGAGCUGCUGGCCCGUGACUUUGAGAAGAACUACAACAUGUACAUCUUCCCCGUGCACUGGCAGUUCGGGCAGCUGGACCAGCACCCCAUCGAUGGGUACCUGUCCCACACUGAGCUGGCCCCGCUCCGUGCCCCCCUCAUCCCCAUGGAGCACUGCACCACCCGCUUCUUUGAGGCUUGUGACCUGGACAAUGACAAGUACAUCGCCCUGGAGGAGUGGGCCAGCUGCUUCGGCAUUAAGGAGCAGGACAUUGACAAGGAUCUUGUGAUCUAAACCCCCGGCUUCCUUCUCUGCUGCCAACUUAGUCUUAUUUUAACCUUCCCACUUCCUUUGGUUUUUAAACUGCUUUUGUUUUGUUUUGUUUUUCCCUGGGAACAAGGUGCUAAUAUAGACCUAAACAUAUGUAGUAAUGGUGCUAAGAGAAAUAACAGUCCUCAUUCAUAGACUAUUACCACUAGAUUACUCACUCCAAAAGCUUUCACCAGCUCUUUCUCUCUCCAACAUGUCUUUACCAUUGACUGACGCUGUUCAUGUCCUAAAUAUCCUCUCUGUCUCAGUAUCUGCUCUCAGACUGACUUCUCUUAACAUCUCACUAACAGCACAUUCUUGGACACAUCUGCAUAGACACAAAGACCUC